AUGAAGUACAUUCAUUCUCAGGAGCUCCUUGACAUUCCCGAGAAUGUCAAGUUGGCCAUCAAGUCCCGAAUCGUCACCGUCGAGGGUCCCCGAGGCAAGCUGGUCAAGAACCUGAGCCACGUCGCCGUCAACUUCGGCCACCCCAAGAAGAACACGGUCUCGAUCGAGAUUCACCACGGUUCCCGAAAGGAUGUCGCCACCCUGCGAACGGUCCGCUCCAUCAUCCACAACAUGAUUGUCGGUGUCACAAAGGGCUUCAAGUACAAGAUGCGAUACGUCUACGCCCAUUUCCCCAUCAACGUCAACCUGGAAAAGAACAACGAGACGGGCCUGUGGGAGGUGGAGAUCCGAAACUUCAUCGGCGAGAAGAUCGUCCGACGGGUAGUCAUGGCCGAGGGCGUCGAGGCCGAGAUCUCCAAGAACCAGAAGGAUGAGCUCGUCCUGUUCGGCAACUCGCUGGAGAACGUGUCGCAAAGUGCCGCCGACAUUCAGCAGAUCUGCCGCGUCAGGAACAAGGAUAUCCGAAAGUUUUUGGACGGUCUGUACGUUUCCGAGAAGGGCAACGUCGUCGAGGAGUAA